ACAUGGACCCCGGAGAGCCCGAGGUGGUGAGCACAGUGCCGCUCUACAACUUUGACGGGAAGAUCAUCUGCAACCUCGCGGCUGACACGUGGCCUCUUGACAUCAGCGACGAGACGUGGGUGCUGCUGCCGAAGCUGACCCCGCGAGUGGAGCUGCCAUCGCUGCCCUCUCUGCCGCACUUCCGAGUGUAUCCCGAGCGAAGUUCCUCCUCCGUGGACGUCAACAACUGGGAGCAGCUCGUGCACGUGCUCAGGACGCAUGGCAGGGUGGGCCUCAUCACAUCAGCGAGAGGCCAGUACCAGUUCGGCCUCCUCCCCAUCGCCACCCCAUCCACCACCACCUCUACCUCUCCUCCUCCACCCCCUCCCGCCUUCGCCCACGCCUCUGCACCGCUCCCCACCGGUUUCUCCUCUGCCCGGGCGUACUACGCGCCGCUGCCAGCUGGCAUUCCCCGCCGCGCCCCGCGCUUCCCUGCAGUGCUCCCGGGGCUGCUGGCACAGCAGCACAUGAGACCUGCUGCGCACACAGCACCUGCACACACUAGUUCUGAUCUGACUCAAAACGCCCCGCGCUUCCCUGCGGUGCUCCCGGGGCUGCUGCCGCAGCAGCAGAUGCGUCCUGCGCACACGGCGGCGCCUGGUCAGAUGGCACCUGGUCAGAUAACACCUGGUCAGCAGCACAGUCAGGUGCUCCAGAGACAGGCGCAUUCUCAAGUGGCACCUGGACAGGCACAAGCUCAGGUGGCCGACGGUCAGGCGCAUCUGGGACAGGUGCCACCUGCGCAGGCACACUCGCACGUGGCAUCAGACCUGGCCCCCACUCGAGCAGGCUCACCACAUUCAGCCGCGCAAGGACAGGGACAUGGGCAGGGGCAGGGGCAGAGAAAUGAGCAGGGGCAAGGAUAUCAGGGGCAGCAGCAGGGGCAGGGAUGGGCAGGGUCGCAGGUGCAACUAGGGCGGGUUCCACCUGGGUUUGAGCCAGAACCGCAGGUGUCUUCUGCGUCUGUGCAGCAGCCCCAGCAACAAGAAGCACUACCGCCAUCGCCACCACUGCCACCACACCAUCAGCAGCAGCAGCAGCAGCAGCAGCAGCAGCAGCAGCAGCACGCUCGUACUCCAACAGCAGCAGCAGCAGGGCAUGGCUCGCCUCGUGCUCCUGGUUCACCAAGGGGUUGGUCUUCCCACCCUCCUUCUCCUCCUCCUCCACACGCCCGUGCUUCCCCCCGAGCGCACAGCCUUCCGGGCCUCACUGCUGCAGGAUCUUUCUCCUCUCGCGCUGCUGCCUCCGCCCCUGCUGCCGCCAAUGCCCCUGUCGCUCCAGUAUCCACCUCAGCUCCUCCAUCGACCACGUCAGCGUCCCCAGUAUCCACGUCAGCACCUUCAUUGUCCGCGUCAGCAUCUGCAACCCCCACGCCAGAAUUCUCUUUCAAAGGUGCACUUCCUCCUCCUCCCACGCUUCCACCCCCUCCUCCGCUUCCACCUCCUCCUCCUCAUCCUCCUACAGCUCUUGCUCCUGCUCCUACUCCUCCUCCUCCUCCUCUUCCAUCUGACUCCCCAAUGCCCCCUCCGCCUGCGCGCCCCUCUCCCCCUCCGCCUUCCCUUCCCCUUCCCCCUCCCGCUCCCCCUCCCCCUGCGCGUGCGCCUGGGCCGGGCAUGCAUCCGCAGUACCUGGCGUCUCUGGCACACACGCACCAGCAGUGGGUGUUUGGGGGCCUGGCGGAGCUCAUAGAUAACUCCAUGGACGCCAAGGCAAAGAGGCUGGAUAUUUUCAUCAGCACGGCCAAGCUCCCCCCAAGAGCAGCCGCGGCAGCCGCAGCAGCAAAAGCAGUCCCCGCAGCAUCACCCUCCGCAGCAGCACCACUACCCUCCUCCUCCUCCUUCACUCGCCCCUCCUCCUCCUCCGCUCCACCCACUGAGCCGGUGCCAGUGCUGCACGUGUGUGACGAUGGCACGGGCAUGGACCACGGCGAGUUGGUGCAGAUGCUGUCGCUGGGCCAUGACAUUCCCGCAGAGGAGGACCCCCACCACAUCGGCCGUUUUGGAGUUGGCUUUAAGACGGGCACCAUGCGCAUAGGCAACGACGCUUUGGUUCUCGCCCAGUCAACGGACAGCCGCAGCAUUGCUCUGCUCUCCCGCUCGCUCAACCAGGGAAGGCAGGAGCUGGAGAUCCCCAUAGUCACGUAUCGGCGGGUGGUAUCUGGGGGAGGUGGAUCUGCAGGGGGAGGUGGAUCUGCAGCUUUGGGUGGUGGGACUGUGGAGUGGCAGCUGGAUUUGGGAGUGCAUUCAGAGGAGGAGGCGGAGAGGCGGAAACGAGCGAUUUUUUACUUCUCGCCUCUGGACGAGCGCAGGAUAAACCAGGAGUUUCGCCAGUUGGAGCAGGCAAGUGGCGGCAGCGACGCGCCCCCCACGGGCACGCGCAUCUAUGUGUUCAACCUCAAGCGCCUGUCGCGUCCAGAUGCAGCGUACGAGCUCGAGUGGGACGACGACGCCCAUGACAUUCUCAUCCGCACCAGGCGCCCCCGCUCCCGCCCCAACCAGCUCUGCCAAGACGUACCAAUAGACUACUCCCUACGCGCCUACCUGCGAGUCAUGUUUCUCCACAACCCCGCCACCAUCACAGUUCAAGGCCGCGCCGUGCAGGGCAGCGUCGACAUCACCCAAAACCUCUCCCAACCGUUCUCCACCACUGGGACAGUCAUGGGGCAGCCGGUGCAAGUGUGCAUGGGCAUGGACGAGGGCGAGAGGGCGUGUGGGCGGUGCGGGUUCUUCCUGUACUGGCACGGGCGGUUAAUUGAAGCGUACAAGCGGGUCGGAAGGAUGGAGUAUUCGGGAGAUGCUGGGCUGGGGGUGGUGGGCGUUGUCGACACUACUGCCCUCUUUGAUGCAGCAGGGGAGCUGGGAGUGCUGAACUGCAAGCAGCGAUUUGCAGAGGGGGAGGAGUAUCAGCGGCUUAAGGACUUUCUCUCCUCCACCUUCAACCAGUACUGGGAGGACAACUUCGACAAAGACCGCCCCACUACGAACAUACCAGAGGGAGCCGUGCUACAGGAUCACAGGGACUGGGUGCAGUGCGACAAGUGCCAGCAGUGGCACAUUCUGCCGCCCAAUGUCACCUCUGAAAUGCUGCCAGAGAACUG